AUGAGUCAAGUGAAGACGAAGGGUCGACGGUCUUCAGACUCAGGCCUUGAAUUAAGCAUCGAGGAGAUACCGCCUUCUGAUGCUCGCAACGACGAAUCGACCGAUCUCAUCGGGCAGCUUGCAGAAGAUUAUCGGAGCAGAUCUCCGUCGCCUGUCUCUGGCGAGAAAUCAGAGGAGAAGGAAGAAGUAGAAGUCUCCGAUUCAGCGUGGGGAUCGGAAAAAGAGGUCGACGAUGGAGAGGCUUCAACUCAGGAGCAGAAAGCGGUGAAGCUGGAGAAGAAUCUGGAGAAGAAGAAGGGGAAACAGAUCAAAGAGCAAGAAGACUCUGAAUCGAGUGAUUCAGAAGAAGCUGGAGCAGGAUCUGCUGCAAGAGCAGAAUCCGUAGCUGGUGGUGCGUCGUUUUCAUCUGACAAGUUCUGCUCAGCUGGAGCAUAUGAAAGUUACUUUGUGUUUAAAAAUCGUGGAAUUAUCGGUGAGAACCUUGUUGAUUUAGAGAACCAGAAGGAAUUCGAGUACCCAUCUGUGAUAGCUAAAGCUGGAUUUAUUCCCACAGUCUCAAUUAAGUCAGGUUAUGCUCGGAAAGUGAUCAAUGAAUUUUAUGCUAAUUUGGAAGAUACUGUGUUAGUUGAUGGGGGAGUUUUGGUCUUAGUCAGAGGUCAGAUUAUAAGGUUCAGUCCUGCUCGCAUCAACAAGUUUUUGAAGAUGUCAGAAUUGAGUUCCAAGAAGAAGAAAGCGGCUGCAGCACUUGACAAAGUGGAUCCAGAUUCUAUUGCAGCAUUUCUGAAGGGAGAUGAAGCUCAGAAGGAUGUUGUUCCGACCAUCAGCAAGCGUCACAAGAAGGUUCCAACACUGUCUACGGUUCACCUGUCACCAAAUUUUUCUGCAUUGGCCAUUUUGGCUGGGUACAACUGGUACCCAACGACUCAUCAAACACACAUUGCUCAGUACAGAGCCCUGCUUCUGUACAAGUUGGCUCAAAAGGUUCGAGUAGAUUUUGGAGCAAUGGUGUUUCAGCAAAUCAUGGCCAUCAGCCAGAUUGAGAGAGAGGAUAAUAAGCAGCCUGAUGCAAGAAAGUUGGUAUUUCCACACCUGAUUGCUGGGAUGAUUCAAGAUCAAUGUGGUGCAGUCUCUGGUGAGGAUGAGGUUGUGGUUCUUCCCUCGACCAAGGUUGCUGAGACAGUCAAAGAGGAAGUAUCAACUAAGAAGAGGGCUCAGCCGGUUCCAAGUCAGCCUGCACCAAAGAAGAAGGUUAAGAGAGAGCCAGAGCAGUCAAAGCCAUCCAGUUCAGCAAGCGUUGCCGCACCAAUUGAUGUCUCACUUGGUCACAUCAGUGUACCUCAGGGAAACUCGAGCCAGAGGGUUGUCAACAAGGCACUAUACCAGAUCACCUCCGUUCUGCAUCAGCUGGCUGGGAUAGUUCAGGAUGUGCACCAAGCCAAUCAAUGUACGUCUCCGUGA